AUGGACAUUGCCGCCGGCGUUGUUGGUUUCGUCGGCUUGUCAGGACAGAUCUUGCAAGGGUGCAAUUACCUCUGCAAGACCUUCUGUGAUGCCGCGGAUGCCCCGGACGUCAUUGUCGCCAUCUUAACCGAGUUGCGCGCUGUCAGAUCCCGGCUUGAGGCUUUUCAGCACCUGCUAUUGGAGAUACAGGCCAGUGCUCCAGCCUGCUUGAGGGUACAACAAGAUCCUGCUAUUCCGUUACAAAACUGCCAAAAUGUAAUACAGAAAGUACAGAGCUUUGUGGACAAGUACGCGGAUCUCUCGAUCUCCACAGCAUCGAGUUCCGGCAAUCUCAAGUCCCACAAAGCCGCGUUCCAUAAAGCAUGGCAGAAAUUCGAUGUGGCAAGAAAAGGUGACCAGCUCAGAGGAUAUGUGUCUCAGUUGGAAGCAGCUAAGUCUUCCUUAUUAGCCACGCAAAUCAGCAUUCAGCUUGCACUUCAGUUGCAACAUUUUGACACGACCCGUGGAGCGCAGCGAAAUCUUCAGCAGCUUCAAGAUGAGCACACAGCCUCAGCCCAAAUUGUGAAAGAGACUAAAAAUCUUGUAAGCGAUGUUCAUAGUUUGCAGAAAGACAGUCAUCUACUUGCUAAAAUGACCAACCUAUCAUUAGACAAGAUUGUCUCAAAUAACCAGACGCUUCUGGUACAAUUUGCAUCAUCCGAACAAUAUGCCUACGAUACUAAGAUUGCGUCCCACUUCACACAAAAUGCUAUUGAGUCGCUUAAUGCAAAUCUCAAUAAACGGUUCGAUGAUUUGCCGACGAUAUUAGCGCCUAUAAUACAGGACACUAUCACACAAAGUCUAGCUAUUCACAAUUCUUCAAGAGAGACUGAGGUCCUGUCGACAAAGCAAAGGCCUGAUGAUAUAACCGCUAACCUCUAUAAAGGAAGCCCUUAUACUGGCAAUAAUUGCUUGUUACCUAGGCAGACAAGGUCGGUAAAGACGUUAUUACAGCAUGAAAGUGCUUCGUCACUACUUCCUGACGACUUAAAGAUCAUGUCUAUCAAUACUGACAUUCCGGCCGAAAAUCUCAUGCACUCCAUGCAACUGGGUAGACGAGGCCCGAAGCGACAGAAAACAACCAAGUCGGUCUUCAAUGUCUGGUUCGGACGAAUUGAAUUAACGUCCUUAACCACAGAGCAAGAAGGUGAUGUAGACUCAGACUACAUUCCUCCAACGCGCCUUCAAGCACGACGGACGAGCUUUCAACUUAUUCCAAAUUCGUGGUUCCUGAAGUUUGGUCUUCUUUUUGAAACAGGAAAAAGCAGACCUACAAUCUCCCACCCCGGAUGGGAUAAUCGAUUGCGAGUCAUUCGUACCCAUCAGAUGGACUCGUCCGUCUACGAAACAAUCCAUCGUGGUGACUACGUGGGUUUUCGGAAACUUUUAGAGAGUCGAGAGGUCACGCCCUUUGAUCUUAUAGAUUUUGGAUACUCGACCAUACGAACUUUGUUCGAGAUUGUUGUCCAUCAUAUAAUUCCAGCAACCAGAGAUGAAAACCACGUAAUGCAAAGAGAUCAGCUCGAAAUUGCGAAAAUGCUAGCAGAUUCAGGCGUAGAUUGUGGUGUUGGCAUUGGACUGCUUUGGCUCUUGAAGGCGCUGGGCUUCAAGUCGAACGAAGCCAACCUAAGUCUGUUCCGCAUCAUAAUGACACAGAGCCAAACAGAUCCUUUCGAGGAGUCAGGUCAGAAAAUUGCCCAGGGAAAUUUUCUCUCAGCUCGGCUCUCCCUUCUAACGAAGCAAGAUGAGUGGGACCUCUCGGAGUUCACAAAGCUAUUCGAAGACUACUGGGGAAAUGGAUCGUUUCAACACAGAAUUAGAAACGACAGGAGUAGUGAUGAGUGGCACGAAAUACAAAAGCUGAAUUGGAGCCGAAUGCCAAUAUCUCUCAGAAGGUCAAGAUCUUAUUGUGUGGCCGUAUUUGGGCCGCGUUUUAUUGACUUUUCUUGGCCGGAGCUUUACUGGUCAGCUGGAAAGCCAGCUUUCUGGCAGUCGAAACAAGCUUGUGAAGAAUUCUUUGGUUCAUAUUUCGUAAAAUACGAUUGGCCACUGUUGUUAUGGAGAGAGGAGCUGCCUACUUUCUGGCACUCGAGAAAGGCUUGUCUGGAGAUUUUUGGAGAGUAUUUCAUAGCAUAUGACUGGCCACAUCUUUUGGGGAAGCUGGGCUUCGACUUCUUGGAAGGCAAAGGAGCUUGGAAACAAAGAAGGCGAUGGCACUGGGAUGAGGAAGGACGAAAUAUAUGGAUCACUCAAAUGAUAGAAUGCUGGUCGAAGGAUGACAUUCCCAAAAGACAUGCAAGACAAUAUUGCAUAGAUCAAUAUGGUGUCAAUUUUGUCAAAGAAGAGCUACCGUCUCUAUUGAGACAGGAUGGGCUGCCGGAAGAAGAAGUAGUCCAAUUGACUGAGGACGGUCCGGAUAUGGAGCCACCGGCCCCUGUUCCAUUUUGGAAGUAUGAAGAAUCGGUGUCACUCUUCGAAUGUGAGGAGUCAGAGGACAGUCAAGACGAGCAUGAUGCAGACAGCGAUGCCGCCAGUGACGGAGACAGUGAUGCCGCCAUUGAUGGAGACAGUGAUAUCAAGCUGAGUGAUGGACACAGUGAUGACGAGCUGAGUGAUGGUUGGCAGACCGCAGAGGAAGACUAA